GUGUGGCGGAUAACAAUACUUCGUUUUGCCUUCUAUUGGGAUUCCUUUUGCUCUCGCAGGCCGACGUCGCUUGCCGGAGUACUUGGGAGUCAAAAAGAGUAGGAAGUUUGAAGCUACUUCAACAAAUUGUCGAUGCAUUAGAUUACGCACGUAUUCCAUUUCACCUGUGUUGUUUAACGCGACUUACAGAAACCGCACACACUCCUUCUCCGCUGCGUCUGUCAUUCUUUUCUGUUUUCUUGCACGCGAGCUGAUCCGCAGCCGCCGCAGAUCAAAAGAAAAAUCUGACUUCAGUGAAGUUAUUUUUUUCUUUCUCUUUAGAUUGUUUUUAGAUUCUCAUUACUCGAGUCUUGAGCUUACAUUAUUCCCAUUUUUUUUCCUGACUUCUCUUCAGGACACUAAGAAUGACGUGCUCGCCUUCGCGCAGUGCCUUAUCAACCUACCGCCUCGGCGCUUCCAAACCCGGCAACGGCGACUACGCCCCCGUCAACAUCAGUCCGACCCGACAAACUCUACGUCCUGCCGUCGCUGAAGAAGGCGUGCGCCAUUUUGAAGAUGUCCCGCUCCCGUUGUGGGGCGUCGCGGCACGGCGCACCGUCUCCCCGGCAAGUCGGCGCUACAAAGGUGUGCUUGAGUUGGGCCCGACAGGCGCGGUGGAGUCUGGCACCUCCCCGAGUCGUGGCGCUGGCUCGAAUUUGAGCCUCUCCUCUCCGCCUACACCACCACCCAACGGAACCGCGGUGCAGCUGCCUCCCUCCGCCUUCGCAGACCCGCAUACCUGGGAGCGGGAAUACGCCCAGCUGCGCACCCGCUUCCUCCGGCCGAGCAACGCCGUCACCAUCUACCAUGAUUACGCCUCGCCGCUGAACUCCCGUGCGACGAUGCGCCACGCCUGCGUCGUUCGUCCGCUGCCAAACUUGGAGAAGGUGCAGGAGGCGCUGCGCCGGCGCCUUACCGCGUCGAAGUGUGUCUCCGCCUACGACGUUGUCGAACAACAGUGCAGUUCCUACACAGCCAACUCCUCAUCCUUCUCGGUGAUAGAGGACACCGUCUCGGUGGCGCCGCAUGAGGGCGGUGCAACGAUGCGCGGGGCGCACAGCGAGCAGCGCAACGACACUUUUCUCUCUGCGGCGCGGACGUGGUGCGUGGGUGGGUCGACUUACGACAAGGAAAUCACGGUAUACAGCAGCACCACCGGGCAGCGUCUCAUGCGCGUUGUGGACAUCAAGGCGAAGGUGGCUGUCACGGCCCUGCAGCACGCACCGUUUCGCGCGUUCAUGGAGGCGCAGCAGCUGCACGUGUUGCCGGUUCGAGAGCCGCAGGACGUGCUGCGCCUCAAAAGCUCGCAUCUGGUGUAUACAGACUACGUGUGGUGUGGCUUGCAGGACGGCACGCUGCGGCUGAUACCAGCGAGUCAUCAGCACAUCCGUGCCGGAGGGCCGUCACCGCUGUACUCCAAGGGCGCAUCGGCGGAUCUGGUGUACGAGCUGCCCCGCUACCAAGGUGGCGCGAUUGUCUCCAUUGUGUGCUCUCCCGGUCACGACGAGAUAGGGGAGGUGGGAGGGCCAGAGCGAUUUGCAGACGGCGGGCGCUGCGUCGACGCCGCUGCCCCGCACAUUCCAAAUCGUGUCAGCGAGGCGGUGCGCUUCAUGACGGCGGCGGCCGCAUCCGAAUCUGGCGCAGCUUCCGCUUCAUCGGACCCUUCACGGCGGCAUCUCUCUCUCGUCUGCACGGCGUCCACGGACGCGACGGUCAUUAUCUGGGAUGUCCGCAAGGUGUACGAGGCGGUGGCACACGCACAGCGAUACCGCCACGACAUGGCGAAGACGGAGGGAGGAGGCCCCGGCAAUCUUUCUAUGUCGCCUCACUGUUCCCUGGGAACGACGCAAGCCUGUCAGAGUGCAGCUGCCACCGCUGCCGCACCCGCGUCGAUGCUGUGCAACGACGUCAUCACCUUUGACUGCUCCUCUCCUGUACCGGGGCUGCAGAACAUGGUGGUGCGGUCGAGCUGCACGCUCAUUCAGGUGCGCCCCGUCGCAAAGCUGAGCGGAGGUUUUGCUGGCCUGACGGCGCUGCGGUGGGUCUCGUCGCUGAUCACGGCAGGCACGACUGACGGCGCGGCACGGGACAAGCGCGACGUCCGCGCCGACACACGCAUUUCUCAAAUAGCACCGUGUCCGUCAACUGCGCAGACGCCGCGCUGCGAGCUUUCCCAGACGCAGACGCGCUUCGACAAGCGAGAAGGCCAGCGUGCUGAGCUGGAGUUGGAGGAGGAGGAGAUGCAGGGAAUGGAGCGGGAGUUGGAGCACAUGAUGCCGCCCGUCGCCGCGGAGCCGCCGCAGUCGCUGCGGGUAAAUUUGCUGCUGGCGGCUGACUGCCUCGGCACCGUGCACGUGUGGAACCUCGACGAGGAGCUGCACCGCUACGGCGACAGCACAACGGUGGGGUCUGCGCUGGGCUGGCCGGCGGACUUCGGCGCGUCGUCACGCUCCUCCGUGCGGUCGCUCUCGUCGCAGAGCGAAGGCCGCUCCAGUGUGAGCCAUGUGCUGGAGCUGAGCGCUGAGUCGAUGCCGGCACGGCCCAGCACGAAGCGGAAGGCAGCAGUGAGUGGCGGUGCCUCCUCGCGGGACAGCGGCGGGACGCACAAGAAGACGGAGCGCAGCCUGCGGAGCCGACGGCCUCUUGGGGGGCUGGGCCUUGCGGAGGCACGCGAGAGCCGGUCGCGCCUGUCGGAACUGCCGGCGAACACCGCACCAGCGCUGGGCCAUGGAGCUUCUCUAGGACACAAGAGUCAACGUCCCUCGUUGGGCCGCACCAGCUGUGAGGAGGCGGAAAUCAACGCCGUGCACAACGGUCGCUGGCCUCACGGUGCGGCGGAGCCAGGUGAGAGCCAGCGGCACAGCACCGGCGACGCAACACCACCACUGGCACCUACACGGAAGUCGCACCUUCUUCGCUCCCGCAGAGACACAAAUGCGUCGACCGCACCGAACUCGUCGAAAACCACCGGCAGCGGUACUGCCACUACCAGGCUCACUAAAAAGGCGAAGAAGCCCCGCUCCUCCCUCCAGGAAGAAGCGUCUACCGCGUCGCAGUCACGCCAGCAGAGCACAACGUCGCCCUCCCGCAACUCCCAGCUACGGCCCAGUAUAUCCCCAGGUCGACACGGAGACAGCCACCUACACGCUCUCCCAUCGACGAGUAUGAUGCGUCCACGCACCAGCGUCCAGCGCGGCCCUUCCAGGUCACUGGGCAACAACAGCGGAAACCCCGUGCACGACUUCGGCAUGCCCGCCCAAACCUCCAAGUGCCAAAUCGCCAUCGCCGAGGGCGUCCCUAUCACGGAGAUGGUAGUGGACCUGCCACCGCUGAUCUGCACCACGCUGCGCCGCAUCCACCACCCGUCACGCGUCACUGCGUCGUGGCAGCAUCGCCCUACCGAGGAAGAGAUGGAUGCCCGUGUGCUGGAGAACGAGUUUGAGGAGCUCACCGAGGAGAAGGCGCUCUUCUUUACCUUUCAAAAGUUAGAGCUCUACGUUGGCGUGGACAGCAGCGCGGUGACGACGGUGCGGUGCGCACCGGUGUGGGUCUUGCCCGAUCACGACGGCCGCGAGCUGUUCAAGUUGCGCGGGAAAGCUUCCGCGACUGAAUGGAACGAAGACAUGGGGAAUCCUACAGCCACUAUUGCGGCCGCACCAGCCUCACCAGCGGCGACUGCGGAGUGGAUGACGGAGGUGACGAUGCCGGAGGUGGUCAAGAUGGGCGCGUUUCAGCUGCACCUGCACCGACGUCUGCUCUUCGCACACGCGCAGCCCAUCACGCAGCUCUUCUUGGACGCGUGGCAGGGACGGCUGUGGGCGUCGCGGCGGGACGGCUGUGUGUUCAUUCUGUCCACGCACGACAAACAACUCCUCGCUCGCAUCCCCCACCCCUCCGCCGACUCGUUGCUGCCGCAGUCGCCAGCGCAGGAUUGGACAAAGACGCCGGCGCAAAGCAACGCACGGUGGGCCGAGGAGUCGCGUAAUCGGGCGGCGGCUGACGUGGGCGGCAUGGACUUUGGCCUUGAGUACCAUAAGGAAUGCAAGGGGCUCCCACCCAAUCACUUGACGGAGGUGCUGCCGAUGGGCACGCAUCGUCAACGCGCGUUGAUCCUCUUUACUUCCAGCACUGCCACCGAGACAAAGGCGACGACAGCGGGUGUGGCGGCUUCCACCACCGUUAAACGUCGACUUUCUCUCCUGGACGAGAGUCACCAGAUGGGCGGUUCAUCUGCGCUGAAGGGUUUGCCUCUUGACUUGACCAGCACCGCAUCCGUAGAUGCAUCCUGCCCAAAUACCACCACAUCCGCAGCUACGCUGGUGUGCCUGGAUGGUCAGUCGGACAUGAAGAGUGAAAGUCGGGCCCGCGAAUCGCAUCAGUGGCGUUGGAUGCGACAGCUGCAGCAGUGCCGCGUCGAUUCCUUCGCGGCCUGUCAGGCGCAGCGUCGGCGGUACUACGCCCUUUGCGAGGGCAUCAGCCACAACGUGGGACACGUCAUGAAGGAACUCGGCGAGUACGUCGCCUUGUCGCAGCUCCGCACGUACUUCCACGCCUGGAUGGAUCACCGGGCGCUGUUUCGGCACACGCACCUCAUGCGACGCCAGCGCACGGCGCGGCUGCGGCGGGAGCAGCCACUGGCCCACGCGCUCAGUGUUGCCUGCGCGAUGCAGUUGCGCGGCACUUAUUUAGUGCGGUGGAUGCAGCAUGUGGCGGAGCGUCGCCGCGCCAAACACGAUGCCUCGCUUCACUGCUUUGCACGCGCCGCCGUGGCCGCUCCAGGUGACGUGCGGGAUCAUCUGCGUCUUCGACGCCACCGUCGCCCGCUACCUACCGCUGCCAUGAUGGCGCGUCUGCACCUUCUUUCUAGCGCUCGUGCGUACUUUGCGCGAUGGCAGUCAUGGGCCGCCGAGGCGGCCGCGCUGGGUCGUCCGCACCGUUCCACCGAGGAGGAGCCGUCGUGCUUGCCGUACACGCUGCUGCUGUCCUUGACCCGGUCGGCGUCGUCGCCGUUUGGCACGCCGCUCCGCCGCGUUCGUUCAGGGCAACGCAGCGCGGAUGCAGCGGUGGAGGGCGGUGCCGGUGCGCCGGGUGCGUCGACGCCCAACCGCGCUCCCCACAGCAGCAGCAGUGGUGAGGCGUACGCGUACACGUCGUCGUGGACAAGUGGACGGCGCUGUACAGGCGAGGAGGCGCUGACGCCGUCGCGCGAACGUCUGGGCGGCACCUCGCUGAGUCUACCUGUCUCGGUGGAGCCGUUUAUGGCGGAAAUGGCGGAGCUGCUGCGGGCGCGGGUGGACGUCUUCCACUUCAGCGAUGCCCGCAGCUCCGCCACGAGCGUGUUGGACGAGUCGUGGACUGUCAUUCUGCAAAACGCGGAAUCUGGCGCGGAUGGCGACAGCGUCGACGAGCGUCGCUUCAGUGUGUUUCGCUUCGCGCUGCUGCCGCUCCUGCAGGGACUGCUCUCCACGGCGGACGAUGUGCUGCCGAACUUGUUUGACAGUUCUGUUGCGGAGGAGGUUCUUUCCAUGCUCGUGGGCAUUGUACUAGCCAUGGACUACGUGACGGCCGAUGCGGAGUGCAUGCUGUGGCCGCCUCCAGCAGUCGGUGAUACAAGCACUGAUAGUAGCGUGAAUGGAGGCUGUGCUGCUGGCCCUUUUGCUCACGUUGCUUUCCAUGACGAGAACACGCAGCUGACGAGCGCGUUCGACGCGUCAUUGGCGGUGCUGCGCCUCUACGCCGUCCGCGCCUUCCGCACGGACGCGGAGGCGGCGGAGGUGUUACGCGGUCUCGCAAAGGGCAAGACGGUUUUCGCUCAGUUUCUCGACUUUGCAGUAGAGCGAGCCGUGGCACGUCGCAUGGAACAAUUCUGCGCUCUCGUGUAG